GGAGACGCGGUCGCGUGAGAGGACGAGGCGAUUUGAAGACACGCUCCGGGAGCGACAGGCUGCGGCCGGCGGCGCACGCUGUCGCUCGUUGGGCUUCUGCUCGCACGCUCUUCCCCUCGGCCUCCGCGCCCGGCCCCGGCAGGGCCUUCAGCAUUCAAGAAUGACCAAAAAAAGAAAAUGCCAAGAUGAUUUCCAAAAAGUAAAACUAGGGCCGGCCCGUGGCUCACUCGGGAGAGUGUGGUGCUGAGAACACCAAGGCCCCGGGAUCGGAUCCCAUAUACGGAUGGCCGGUUCGCUCACUGGCUGAGCGUGGUGCUCACAACACCGAGUCAAGGGUUGAGAUCCCCUUACCGGUCAUCUUUAAAAAAACAAAAAACAAAAAACAAAAAAAACAAAAAAAACAACAAAAAAAAGUAAAACUAAAAGUUGGUAAAAAGAAGCCCAAGAUAGAAAAUGCUAUUGCAACAAACUAAAACAAAGACGAUACAUCUGCCUGAGCAACUCAAAGAGGAUGGAACACUUCCAACAAACAAUAGAAAACUUAACAUAAAGGAUUUGCUGUCAUAGAUGCAUCACUACAAUGCUGGGGUUAAACAAAGUGCUCUUCUUGCACUUAAAGACCUUUUGUCUCAGUACCCAUUUAUAAUUGAUGCACACCUUUCAAACUGACUGCUGUGUUUACAGAUAAAGAUGCUAAUGUACGAUUAGCAGCAGUUCAGCUUCUUCAAUUCCUGGCCCCCAAAAUACGAGCUGAACAAAUUUCUCCAUUUUUUCCUUUGGUAAGUGCCCAUCUCUCUAGUGCCAUGACUCACAUUACUGAAGGAAUUCAGGAGGACUCUUUAAAACUUUUGGACAUUCUACUGGAACAGUACCCAGCUCUAAUUACUGGCCAUAGCAGUAUAUUGCUUAAGAAUUUUGUAGAACUUAUUUCUCAUCAGCAGCUGUCCAAAGGACUGGUAAAUAGAGACAGAUUCCAGUCCUGGAUACUUUCUGUAAAUCCUAAUCGGAGACUCACUUCUCAGCAAUGGAGGCUGAAAGUCUUAGUGAGACUCAGUAAAUUCCUUCAGGCCUUGGCAGAUGGAUCCAGUAGUUUGAGAGAAAGUGAAGGACUUCAGGAACAAAAAGAAAAUCCCCAUGCCACUAGCAACUCCAUUUUUAUCAACUGGAAGGAACAUGCCAACGACCAGCAACACAUCCAGGUUUAUGAAAAUGGGGAUUCACAGCCAAAUGUCAGUUCACAGUUCAGGCUACGGUACCUGGUUGGAGGAGGCAGUGUGGAUGAAGGCCUGUCAUCUACAGAAAACCUGAAAGGAUUUAUUGAGAUAAUAAUUCCAUUGUUAAUUGAGUGCUGGAUUGAAGCUGUGCCUCCACAACUAUCUGCUUCUGUUGGAAAUGGUAUAGAACGAGAACCUCUACAGGUUAUGCAGCAAGUUCUUAACAUUAUUUCCCUUCUGUGGAAACUCUCUAAACAACAUGAUGAAACCCAUAAAUUGGAAUCAUGGCUUUGAAAGAAUUACCUCAGUGAUUUUGAACACCAUUUUAUGAGCCAUUUUCCAUAUGCCUUAAAAGAAAUAACCAAGCACAGAAGGAAAGAGACAAAUAAAAGUGCCUCAGCUUUGACGAAGGAUUCCAGUUGGAUAGAAACGAUAAGGAAAUUUGUGACAGAGACCCUUGAAGAUGGUUUUAGGCUCAGUAGUAAGCAGCUGAACAGAUUGCUUGGUGUAUCAUGGAGGUUAAUGCAGAUACAACCAAACAGAGUGCAAUCGUUUCAAUCCUGAGGGCCUGGCUUGACCAACGCGUGGAGGACUUCCGAGAACCCCCUCACUUCCCGUGCUUACAGAAGCUGCUGGAUUAUCUCAAACGGAUGAUGCCAGGCUCUGACCCAGAGCGAAGAGCACAAAACCUUCUUGAGCAGUUUCAGAAGCAAGAAGUGGAAACUGACAGUGGGCUUCCCAACACCAUCUCCUUCAGCCUGGAAGAGGAGGAGGAGCUGGAGGGCAGAGGGUCAGCAGAAUUCACGUGCUUCUCAGAGGACCUCGUGGCCGAGGAGCUGACCUACAUGGACGCGCAACUGUUCAAGAAAGUAGUGCCUCACCACUGCCUGGGCUGCAUUUGGUCUCGAAGGGAUAAGAAGGAAAACAAACAUUUGGCUCCUACGAUCCGUGCUACCAUCUCUCAGUUUAAUACCCUCACCAAAUGUGUUGUCAGCACCAUCCUGGGGGGCAAAGAACUCAAAACUCAGCAGAGAGCCAGAAUCAUCGAGAAGUGGAUUGACAUUGCUCAUGAACUAAUAGGCACUCUGAGAACUGCUGAGCUUGGAUUCCUGUUCUCUGCCCUUGGCAGCUACUUGCCCGACAAAUCUGUGACUGGCUGCAAGUGGCAGUGGAACUCCUUUGGGCACCUGCCUCUGCAACUGAGGCCAGUGGCCUCAGAACAUCAAGAGCUGCCCUUAAUUGACAAGGAGGCAUUCAACACAGGAAGGACAGUGAGAUCGCAGGGUGCAUCUGCUUUUCCCUGGAGAGUGCCUGCUGAGCCAACAUCCUGAAGAAAGCCCACCUCCUGAAGAAAGCCCACCUCCAUCCAGACCUUCAUUCACAGCCCAAUGGAGGUGGCAGCAGUCCUGUCAGGAUUCCAGGUAGAGGCCAAGUGCCCUGUUUGUCUGGAUGACCUGAGAGACCCCAUCACCAGUGAAUAUGGGCACAACUUCAGUCUCUCCUGCAUCAGACAAUCCUGGGAGAAUCUACAGGACAGUUUCCCUUGCCCUGUCUGUCGUCACCAAUGCCAAGAGGGGGCCUUCAGGAGCAACACCCAGCUGGGAAGGAUGAUUGACAUUGCCAGGCUACUCCACAUCACCCGGAGCAAGAAGAAGAGGCAGAAAGAUUUGUCCUUGUGUGAGAAGCACAACCAGGUCCUGACCCUUUUCUGUGAUGAGGACCUAGAGGUGUUGUGUCCCCUGUGCACUCAGCCCCCUGACCACCAGGGCCACCACGUGAGACCCGUAGAGGAGGCCACCUCUCAUCACAGGAAAAGGCUCCGCAGCUCCAUCGAGCCCCUGAAGAAGCAAGUGGCGGACGUUCAGAAGCUACUGGCCGCCCAAGACAGAGAACUAUUAGAACUGAGAGAGAAGGUGGAAAACCAGGCACAGAAAGUGUCCUGUGAAUUUGAGCACCUGACUCAGUUUCUAGAACAUAAUCAACGGGCAGUUUUCUCAAGGUUAGCUGAGGAAGAGAAGGACAUUCAACAGAAACUCAGUGCAAACAGAACAGCAUUUUCAUACCACAUUGCCACUGUCAAAGGUCUGCUAACGGAGGUGGCCGAGAAGAGUGUGAUGUCGGAAGUGGAGCUGCUGAGGGACAUCAGGAGCAUCCUGGGCAGGUGUGAAGGCCUGAAACCUCCCGCGCUCUAUUCCUUCCAGUUAAAGAGAGAAGCGUGCUGUCUGCCUCCACAGAAUGUGGCUCUUCGAAAGAUUAUACAGAGGUUUAGAGAAGAGGUGACUCUAGAUCCCGAGACAGCACACCCUAAUCUGCUUGUCUCCGAGGAUAAGAAAUGUGUGACAUUCGUGAAGAAAAAGCAAAGAGUUCAUCGGAAUCCGAGGAGAUUUACAGUGUCUCCAGUCGUCCUGGGUUCUGAGGGAUUCGAUUCCGGCCGGCAUUACUGGGAGGUCCAAGUGGAUGACAAGCCUAAAUGGACCGUGGGGGUCUGUAAAGACUCCCUUUCCAGGAAGGGAAAGCAGUCCCCAUCGGGACAGAACAGACGCUGGACAGUUCAGCUGCGGAAUGGUGACUAUGUGGCUCAAGGUGCGGUUCCAGUCACUCUGCUGCUGAUGGAAAAGCCCAGAGGGAUUGGUGUUUAUCUGGACUAUGAGCUGGGCGAGAUUUCCUUCUACAAUUUGAAUGACAGGUCUCACAUCCAUCCUUUCACUGACACAUUUUCUGAAGUUCUGAAGCCUUAGUUCCGUGUGGGAUGUGAUUCAAAACCUCUUACCAUCUGUGCAGUAACAGGCUGUGAAGGAUGAACUGUGACAUUGCUUCGUUUUCUUCCUGUAAUUUAUGGACAGUAGGUAGAAUAUUAUACAACUAUCAGUCCAUUUAGCACAACAAAAAACUUUUAAAUCUACUUCUAUCGCUUGCCAGAUAGCUCUGUUGGUUAGAGUUUAGCUUUAUAACACCAGGGUCAAGGGUUUGGAUCUCCAUAUGGCCAGCUGUCAAAAAAAUAAAAAAUAAAAAUAAUUUUUAAAUAUACAUACUUCUAUAACUUAAACCAAUGAGGAAAUUUUACUCAUUUUUUUUUUCCAUUUUGUUUUAAAAACAGCAUAUGUGGAAACUAAAUACAGGGAUUAGCUGUAAAGUGUUUCUGGAGUUCUAAGUCGAGAGCAUAAAAUUGUACUUUCACAGCUCCAAUAAAUUUUGUGUUUAUUUA